CUGAGUUAAUUGCCCUACGCUACAUUCUACAAACAUAUUGACCAGACUAACACAUUUAACAUACACCAUAAAUUUGUUAAUUUAAAAUAAUUCAUGUCAUUUACACAAAACUGAAGCCAAACACAGAAGAAAAAAGAAAUGGAGUCAGAGCAAAAGCAGAAACAUUUUGUGUUGAUCCAUGGAGCCUGUCAUGGAGCAUGGUGCUGGUACAAGGUCUCUGCUCUUCUGAAAUCAGCUGGUCAUAAAGUAACAGCUCUAGAUCUAGCUGCUUCCGGUGUGAAUCCAAAGCAGGUGCAUCAGAUUAAAUCCGUCGCUGAUUACUUUGAGCCGUUGACGGAAUUUAUGGAUUCUUUGCCGUCGGAAGAACGAGUGAUUUUGGUUGGUCAUAGUUUUGGUGGAGUUGCUGUUUGUGAUGCCAUGGAGAGAUUUUCCGAUAAAAUUUCAGCUGCAGUUUUUGCCACGGCGACGAUGCCGGGACCGGAAUUGAGUUACAACACCGUUAUGGAAGAGUAUAGUAGUAGAAUUACAAUUGACCCUUCAAUAUGGGACACGAAGCUUUUGUUUGAUGAUGGGCCUAAUAACCCUCCAACCGCUCGACUAUCUGGGCCCAAGACUAUGUCUGCUUGUUUAUACCAGCUCUCCCCACCCGAGGACCUAAUGCUUGGAAUGAUGUCGAUAAGACCAUUCCCUAUCUUUAGCAAUGAGGCAGUGGAAAGUGAAGUAAAAUUUAGCAAGGAAAAGUAUGGCUCAGUUGCUAGAGUUUAUAUAGUAUGCGGCCAAGAUCACAUUGUUAAUGAGGAUCUUCAGAGAUGGAUGAUCCAUAACAAUCCUCCUAAUGAAAUCAAGUUCAUAUCUGAUUCAGAUCAUAUGGUCAUGUUUUCACAACCACAAGAGUUUUGCUCUUGCCUCCUCGAGAUUGCCUCUAAAUAUUUUUGACUAUUCAUUAUUGUCUAUUUUAAGUGUAUAAAUUAAAUUUCUCAAAUGCGAUAAAUAUUAUAAAUUAAAAAAAAAAUCAAAUGCGAC